AUAGAGAGAUAGGCAGAGGUGGGGUUCUUCUUGUUUAUCCAUCUUUUACCUUUGUCAGUCCACAAAUUAAAUAAAUAAGAACAUAGUCAUUCCCUCACUCUCCUAGUCUCUUUUUAAAACUUCAUUUCCUCUCCCAAACCAAACCCUCAUCAUCAUCUUCAACCUUUGUCCACUGAAAUCAGAAAACCAAUUUUGCAGAAAAAUGGAGAUCCUCUCUCAAUUAUGGUCCUUCUUAGGCCUUCUCACAGUCCUUCAGAACAUUCUCCCUUCCCAAUUCUUAUCUCUUCUCCAUUCCCUUUAUGAAUCCCUUCAAGAUUUCUUCACCCCUUUCUCUUACUUCGACAUCCCUGAAUUCAACGGCUACUGCUCCGUCGACCUCAACGAACUCUACCGCCACGUCACUCUCUACCUUAACUCCCUUCACAACUCCGCCGCCUGCCGCCGUCUCUCCCUCUCCCGUUCCAAAUCCUCCAACAGAAUCUCCUUCACCGUCGCUCCUAAUCACUCCGUUCACGACACCUUCAACGGCCAACGGAUUUCCUGGACCCACCAAGUCGAGACGGUUCAAGAUUCGUUGGAUGAGAAACGAAGCUUCUCUCUCAAAAUCCCCAAACGCCACCGCCAAGCUCUCCUUCCUCUGUAUCUCGAUCACAUCACCGCCACGGCGGCGGAAUUCGAACGGACCUCCCGUGAACGCCGUCUCUUCACUAACAAUGGUAACAAUAGUUCUUACGAUUCCGGCUGGGUCUCUGUUCCGUUUCGACACCCUUCCACUUUUGAAACUCUGGCGCUUGAAACAGAGUUGAAGAAACAGAUUAUGGAUGAUUUAACGGCGUUUUCCGCCGGAAGAGAGUUUUAUAGUAGAGUUGGCCGCGCGUGGAAACGUGGGUAUUUGCUUUAUGGACCUCCUGGAUCUGGAAAAUCGAGCUUGAUUGCAGCAAUGGCGAAUUUCCUCUGUUAUGAUGUGUACGAUUUGGAAUUGACGAAGGUUUCUGAUAAUUCUGAACUUCGUUCGCUUCUUAUUCAGACGACGAACCGGUCGGUGAUUGUGAUUGAGGAUAUUGAUUGUUCUGUCGAUUUGACGGCGGAUCGGGUUACGAAGACGGCGGCGCGUGAGGAUCACGAGGAGGAGAUGGGGCGCGUGACGUUGUCGGGGCUUUUGAAUUUCACCGAUGGGCUUUGGUCAUGCUGUGGAGAAGAGAGAAUCGUUGUUUUCACGACUAACUACAGGGAGAAGAUUGAUCCGGCGUUGGUCCGGUGCGGGCGGAUGGACGUGCAUGUGAGCCUCGGCACGUGUGGCCCGGCGGCGUUUCGGACACUUGUGAAGAACUAUUUGGAAAUUGAGUCUCACGCGCUCUUCGACGUUGUUGAUAGCUGUAUAAGGUCCGGCAGUGGUCUGACGCCGGCGCAGAUUGGGGAGAUUUUGCUGAGGAAUCGUCGGGAUGCUGACAUGGCGAUGAGGGAGGUUGUCGCUGCCUUGCAGGCCAGGGUUUUGGGUGGCGGUGGUGGACGAGGGGCGGCGGAAUAUGAUGAAAUAGUGAUGAGAUCGCCGGAGAGCGUUCUGGUGGUUGGGUCACCGGAGAAUUGGGAUUCCUCACCGGGGAAGUAUGUGGGGAAGAGGAGGAAAGAAGGGCCAGCGUCGGAGAAGAAAGUGAAUUUUUUAGUCAGACUUCGGUCGUUGACUAAGUCUGAUUCUGGAAGAAGAGGGGUUUGACUGUGUUCUGUCAUUCUCUUUUUUUCGGUUAUUGUUUUAAUUUUGUUUUAGGUUAAAUUACAAAUUUACCGUUUUUCAGAACUUGUGUUUAUAGGUCUCAACUUUAUAAAGUAUUUAAUAAAAUAAGAAAUUUCUAAUACGCC